AUGUCUUCCGCCAAUUCCUUCAACCGCGUUAAAGCAGCAAGGUUAUCUUCUCAACGCUGCUCGGUCAACCGAGAGAACCUACCUGACUGCUUUGAAGAAAAUGCUUACCACCAAGUCCUUACAAAGUUCUUAAGCCUUCAGAUCCAAGGCACCUCACAAUUCAAGCUCUUCAACAGCCGCUUCUUUGUCAUGACACUCAACAAUCAAGCGUCAACUUCCAAGAACCCCAAGGUACCUCACCGCCCUUCAACAACCGUCUCCCUCUCAAGAUGUCCAACAUAUAGACAUCCCAAUACCCAAGGCCCCCAAGGCACCUCACAAAUCAAGCUCUUCAACAGCCACUUCCCUGCUCCCAAGGUGCCUCACCACACAAGCCGUUUCAACAGCCUCUUGCCUUUCAAGACCUUUAACAAUUGGUAUCACAUCCUAAGAUCCAAACCCCCAAGUUACGUCAUCAAUCAAGCCCUUCAACGGCCACUCAUCCCUCAAGAUCUUCAACAAGUCAAGACUUUUCAACAUUUAAGGUCACCAAGGUAUUUCAGCAUUGGAGGUUUUCGACCAACAGUUUUCAUUCAAGUCUCUCACCAUCCUCAUAACGAAGGUGCCCCAGGAAGGGUUGGCAUGGCAAGUGGCAUUGAAGGCACCAAGGCAUGGCUGAGAGCACUCUUGUGUCCUCCCUGGGGUGGGGGAGGAUGGCUCAAUUCCUUCUGCAGUCAGCCCCUCCCAAGGCAUGUGACAAUCAAACAUUUACCAGGUUACUUUGGUGCAUCAACAUUGUAUCUUCAACAGCAUGAGACAGCUAAUCAUUUACCAGGUUACUUUGGCCAUCAACAUUCUCUGGUGAUUGCCCGCCAUGCUGCAGGAUGGAGGCGCUUAGUGCAUCGCACAAAGUAUCGCACAGGGCGUCGCGUAGAGCGUCGCACGCAGCAUCUCACAGAGCCCGGCACAGAGCAUUGCAACAGCAGGUCGCACAGCAGCUCGUCGCACAGCAGCACGUCGCACAGGAGCUCGUCGCACAGCAGCACGUCCCACAGGAGCUCGUCGCACAGCAGCAUGGGGAGCAAAAGUCACAACUUGCCGAGUCUAACACCCAGAUCGCAUGCGGCGGCUGAUGUGGAGGAAGGCGCGCAACAGGCGGAUCUCCGCUCCCCGCUCCUCUCCGUCGGCGGAAGCGCGGGCCCGAAGGAGCGCCACCACCACCACAGCGGCAGCAUAGGCGGCGGCGCGGGCCCUUCCCCCGGCGGCGGCGGAAGCUCCGCGUCGGAGGGGAAGCUCGCGAGCUUCUUCCGCGCGGACUCCGCGUCUGAGCGCAAGCGCGACGACAACUGGGCGGUGGGCGCGGGCGGGGGCGGGCGGCGGUCGCGGCGGUUCCAGGUGGCGGGGAGUGCGCUGGUGUCGGGCAUGUGCUACUGCGCGUCGUCGUGCUCCAUGAUCCUGCUCAAUAAAGUCGUGCUGUCUGGUUACCACUGGGACGCGCAGAUUUCGCUCAUGCUCUACCAGAACCUGGUGAGUGUGACGGUGGUGCUCGUGCUCGUGUACAUGGGCGUGAUCGCCACGGAGCCCCUCACGCUGCGACUCAUGACCGUGUGGUUACCAGUCAACCUCAUCUUCGUUGGCAUGCUCGUCACCUCCUUCUUCAGCCUCCAAUACAUGCAGGUGGCGAUGGUGACAAUUCUCAAGAACGUGACCAACCUGAUAACAGCGGUGGGCGAGAUGUACCUCUUUCGCAAGCGCCACUCCUCCAAAGUCUGGGGCUCGCUCUUCCUCAUGAUCCUAUCGGCCUUCUGUGGUGGAUUCACGGACCUGGCCUUCCACCCAGUGGGCUACACGUGGCAGAUCUUCAACUGCUUCUUCACCGCCGCCUACUCGCUAACCCUGCGCAAGGUGAUGGACAGUGCCAAGGCGGCCACCAAGAGCGGGCAGCUGUCGGAGUUCACAAUGGUGCUGCUCAACAACGCACUCUCCUUCCCGCCUGCCAUCCUGCUCAUCAUCGCCUUCAGCGAAACCAAAUACCUGCUUCACUCUCCGUUGAUGCUGAACGGGGGCUUCUGGGUGGCAGUGACGCUGAGUGGGCUGCUGGGACUGGCCAUCUCCUUCACCUCCAUGUGGUUCCUGCACCAGACCUCGCCCACCACCUACAGUCUGGUGGGGUCGCUGAACAAGAUCCCACUCUCUCUCUUCGGCAUCAUUCUCUUCAAUGCGCCCACCAACGCUGCCAACAUCUCCUCCAUCCUCUUCG